AUGAAAGAUGAUUCUGUCCAUCAACAAGAGCCGCCACAGAUAAAGGAUGAUUCAGUACUCGGCAUAGAACAGUACCAGAUGGAAACUAAUCCAGUACUUGACUUCCAGCAUCAUCAGAUGAGAGCUCCCUUCUCACAGUGUACAGACAGACAUCUUGGCACUCAAUACGACAAUCAAGCAUUUGAAGGAGAAGGAACAGCCUCUUGUGAAAUCAACAACAAUAUGACUGACAAUAGUCUGCGUCAAAGAAGCAAAGCUACCGAAGAUGACUCAGCUCAUCAAAUAAUCAUUGAGGUAGGUGAAGCUCCAACGAAACCACUCAUUUACGGGUUAACCGCCACUCCACCAGUUCACUUUCUGAUAUUGUUUGCGCUGCAGCAGAGUUUCCUGGCUAUUUCGACUCCCCUGGGAACAGCAGUCAUUGUCGCUGAGGCAGUUUGUGCCCAGGAGGAAGCUUCAAUCAAGGUGAGAAUACUCAGUUCUACAAUGCUGAUGAUGGGUCUGUCCACUUUUGCCAUCACGACCUUCGGAGUUAGAUUACCAAUUUUCCAGGGACCAUCUGUGUCGUAUAUUAUUCCUCUCAUUAUUAUGAUGGCCAUGCCAGAAUUCAAGUGCCCUGAAACUUUCACCGUUACAGAUCCUGAGACAAACAUAACUGUUCUUAUGGCGGAUAUUGGCAACAAUACACUGGUCCGGAAUGAAGACAUUGCUAUCGCCAGAAUAAAUGCAUACGCUGGUAGCUUGAUGAUAUCUGGUGGAGUCCACUUUCUAAUCGGUCCCGUGACCAUUGUACCAGUGGUUUUGUUAUUUGGAAUUUACAUACAUAAGGUGGUUGUUGGUUUUGCCGAAAGCAACUGGCCGGUAGCAGUAAUUACAGCUGGAAUGUGUAUUAUUCUAUCACUGUAUCUUAGCAAUCGGAGCACUCCUAUACCCUUCUGGAGUAAGAAUCGGGGUUUCCACAUCAUCUGGCAGCCUCUUCACCAAACAUUCUCAAUUCUUUUAAGUAUUAUAACAGGAUGGAUUGUCAGUUAUAUCAUGACCGAAUAUGGGGCACUCUCAAAAGACCCCAGCAGCAAAGAAUUCAACGCUAGAACAGAUGCUCGCCUACACGUCCUUACAGACACAGCCUGGUUCCUUUACCCGUACCCUGGUCAGUUCGGAGCUCCCACGUUCAGCAGUGCAGCUCUGGUCAGUUUCAUGGUCAGUACAAUUCUCUCCAUUUUGGACUCUAUAGGUGACUACAGUGCCAGUGCAAAGAUAGCCAGGGCGCCUCCCCCGCCAAGUUUUGCUCUCAACAGAGGGAUAGCAGUUGAGGGGCUGAUGAGUUUCCUUAGCGGAAGUCUUGGUUGUGGGCACGCCACUGUAUCUUAUGGAGAAAACAUUGGUGCCAUGAGUAUCAGCAAAGUUGCCAGUCGCAGCGUUUUUCAAGUCGUCGGCGUUAUUUAUAUUGUCUGUGCCUUUCUGGGAAAACUUGGUGCCUUUUUCUCCACAAUUCCUUAUUCAGUGAUCGGUGGUUCUCAAAUUGUUACCUUUGGAAUUCUUAUCGGCAUCAUUAUGUCGUACUUACAACUCAUCGAUCUAAACUCGCUUCGUAACAUGAGCAUUAUAGGAAUGGCACUCCUUCUGGGAAUGAUGCUCCCAUACUGGUGCACUAAGAACUCUGGUAGCAUCGACACGGGAAACGCAGAGCUCAACAACAUCAUCAUCCUCUCGUUGUCGAAUCCGUCUUUUGUUGGUGGCAUUUUUGCUUGUUUCCUGGACAAUACUGUGCCGGGCACGCUGAAGGAGCGAGGGAUUUUGAGCCAACUUAAAAACGGUGCUUCAAGUGGUAAAGACGAUGCUGCAGGAGAUUAUGACCAUGGUAUUGAAGUUUACCGGUUGCCGUGGAUACCAAAUAGUUUCCGAAAAACGAGGUUGGCUAGAAUUAUACCUCUUUUUGACUUGUCUGAAUAG